UGUAGCGAAUUUCAACCGUCGUUAUAAUGCUUAAUGUGACAUCAGAGAUAGCGAUGGAGAACAUGAGAAACUCCACUUCGUCGGCGGACGGGCCUUCUCCGAGCCUGACGGUGCGGGUGAUCAUGCAGGGCAAGGAGGUUGGAAGCAUAAUCGGCAAGAAAGGAGACAACAUAAAGAAAUUCAGAGAAGAGAGUGGAGCAAAAAUCAACAUAUCAGACGGCUCGUGCCCGGAGCGCAUCGUGACGGUAACGGGUCACGCCGAUACCAUCUACAAAGCUUUUGGAAUGAUCUCGAGAAAGCUAGAAGAAGAUAUACUGAGUGGUCCAAACAGCAACGUUCCAAAACCGCCCGUCACUAUCCGGCUCAUUGUCCCAGCCAGCCAGUGCGGCUCGCUUAUCGGCAAGGGCGGCUGCAAGAUCAAAGAAAUCCGAGAGGUGACUGGUGCGUCGAUACAGGUCGCCAGUGAGAUGCUUCCCAACUCGACGGAGCGAGCCGUCACGGUGUCCGGCACUGCUGAUGCCAUCACCCAAUGUGUCUAUCACAUCUGUUGCGUCAUGCUAGAGUCACCUCCAAAAGGGGCAACGAUACCUUACCGUCCAAAGCCAGCCAACGUGCCACCUGUGAUGUUUGCUGGAGGUCAGCCAUACACGAUGACAGGACAUAUGCCAGUACCAGCCUCACCUCACGAUCAAAUGGCAAAGAUGGCUCAUCUACAACAUAUGGGACAGUUGUCGCCAUUGUUAGGCGGUGCUCAAGCCUUGCCAGGUGGCGCCAUCCCUGCAGCGCUGCUGGCGGCCGCCGCGUCAGGUAACUUCGCAAUGCAGCGGCCGGCAGCACCGAUGCCCAACAGCUUGCCAACGCAAGCGCAGUCUCACGAAAUGACCAUACCCAACGAUUUGAUCGGAUGCAUUAUUGGCAGGGGCGGCGCAAAGAUCAACGAAAUCAGGCAUCUAUCAGGGGCAGCUAUCAAAAUAGCAAACCAGGAGGACGGAUCUACGGACCGGGCAGUCACGAUCACAGGUGCACCCGAGGCCGUCAGUAUGGCACAGUAUCUUAUAAAUGCAAGACGAAAUUAACGCUGCUCGUCGCAUCAGAGCUUGAUUUGAUGCUUGCGAAGGGACUUGACAACAUUAAGACCACACAAAACGGAUCUCAAUCGGCUGAUACAGGGAGAGGUGGAACAUUAGUGACGCAACUUUCUAUUAAUUGUUGAUUCUUAUCUGAACGACUCAUUUACAAAAUUCGUCAGAACGUGACGCUUGUUAAUUAAUAAUUAGCAACAUUCGAGUAGUUUCCUCGGUAGACCAUCAUAAUUGUUUGAAUUCGUCAAUUGACAUAGCCGCUGCAAUGUUAAUAGCGAAUUACCUCACUCUAAUUUGUAAAUAACUGCGCCUAGGGAUCUUAUCAACAAGAUUCCUUUAUUAUAAUUACGCAGGUCUCGUAUGUGUAAAAAUUGUUGUUUAAUUCUUUGCUUGAAUAUAAAUAGCUAGGCAUGCCCUAUUAGCGACUAUUCGUUUCACUACAACGACUCGUAUUAAAUCGCUAACGAUCUCCGCGAUAUCGAAUGCACGCGAAGUUGAAAUCGCGAUGAAGGGAUAGGCAAAAUGUCUACUAAAAAACUUCAUUUAGAAAAAUAUAGAUAUAUAUUUCAAUUAUUGUUGUGCGAGUACUUCUAUCUCAACUAGGUCCAGUGAUGUAUAUAUAUAUAUAUAUAUAUAUAUAUAUAUAUACGUUGGAGGUGGCAUGUGUGUGUACAUAUUGCGGUAGAAGAGUGAACUUUCUAGCGUUUGGAAUCCAGUUUAGUUUGGUAUUAUUUCUCAUUGAUAUAUUAUUAUGACGUGUACAUCACAAAUUGUAUAUAUGUUGCACGGAAGAUGGUUAGCUCAACAGUCAAUAUCAUAUACAUGGGAACAUUAUAUAUACGUUACAUUACAUUAUAUUACAUUACAUUACAUUACAUUACAUUACAUUACAUUACAUUAUUACACUACAUUAUUACACUACAUUGUGCACCUAGUUGGCACGAUUCAAUGCGAAUGUGGGCAGGAAUACAUAGUAACAAGAAAUUGUCGACUUGUUAGCAGACAUCGCUUCAUCUCUAGCAUUAAUCUGAUGCCUAGCUCAUUUCUAUGUGUAGAUUGUACGGUUGAAUUUCUACAUCUCUGAGCAAUUGAUUGAGUCAUUCUAUCUAUCGGGUAUAACUGCGAGUAUAUUCAAGUGUGAACUUUUUUUCCCGUGGUGGCCGAUUUAGAAAUUACACACCUAAAUAUUGAGUACAGGUGUAUCGCAGUUAGUUGUCAAUUUUCUGGUGCUUGGUAUAAUUGCCUGCUUCGCCGUGACGAGUCUGUAUUCUUUAGAAUACAGUUUGCCAGAGUGUUGUCUGUAUUAUAUUACGUUUUAAUUAUUAUCUUAGCCUUGUUCACAGAGUGUUUUUUUCGACAAAGGUGUAUUCUGCGUUGAUUUUGUGCAUUUGUUUAUAUUAUUGGUCUUCGUUGGUUGUUGUAUUAGAACAUCACUUGUGUUUAAAUACUCGUUUAUUACACACUUUCAGUGAAUGUUUUAUAAAUAUCUUCUUUGCGUGUGUUUACUAGUUCGUUAAUUAUAACCCGUCGUGGCAUUGAUGUCCUGUCAUUGUGUGUGUCCUCAACAUAUAGUGUCAAAGUGAUUAAGAAUUUACUUACGAGGUUUAUAAGGCGAGGGUGACGAUAACGUUCAUUGCUCAGUAUUCGCACGCUAUGGGUACGCAAAUAGCGUACAAAACAUUAACGGAACUUGCUAUACUACAUUCUUUGACGAGGUGCUUAAAACUGCAGCUUAAUGCGAAUAAGUAAUUACUUCAGUUUCCCCGGUUUCGUCGGCGGCGACCUUUGUUCUACGAUUUUUUCAAGUUUUAACUUGCUGACUGUAUGGCAAAGGUGUAUGUGAUUAAGCGAAUACCGAAUGCGAAUAAUCUAAACACAUGGGAAUUUUUCAAUUUUUACGCAAUGUUUAAAUUUGGCCAGACGGUCGAUAUUGAUGCUACGAAGUCGGUCAAAUGUAGAAACACGAAAAAACUGCGAAAAGGAACUAUAGAGUGUGAGCUAUAGCGAUAAGGAGUGUGUUUAAUUUGUAAUGAUGAUGUAUAGGUUUCCUUUCAUCAGAUCCGUCGCGACGACUAAGACUAUUGCGAUUAUAUUAGUCAUGUCUAGUCCAAGUUUAACCCAUACUUUAUUAUAUAGAUAUAAAUAUUAUACUUGUACUAUACGGUCGUGUUUUUACCAAAGACAUUGUCGCAAUUGUGUAUUAUCGUUGUAAGGUUUCUGGGAAAUUACAUAUCGAGUUUGUAGUACAGCCGACGUACGUGGCGUGUUAAAUUUUGUAGCAUGCACACGCGGGCACACUUAGUUGUAUAUUUUUAAGAAAAUGUAUUCUGUUUCAGUGAAAGCACUGCUUUGCAUCUUUGUGUACGGUUACCCAGAAGGAUAUAACUCCUUGUUCACGUUGGGCCCGAAUUAGAUUACAGCGAGGGAGAAUCUGGUAUAGUAGGAAUAAGGUUAAGACUGUGGUUACAUAAAUGACGCCGUAACGUUAACUUUUAUCUUAGAUCUCUCUCUAUUUAUGGUCAGCUGUGUUGGCCCACUGGGCCACCGUACUGGAGAAGUAGUAGGGGCAUCCGACGUAGAUACUAAUUGGUAAUUUUUACGACAGGAACAGCGCGUUUUCUUUUAUGAGUUGUAAUUGCUAACGAAUGCAACAUACAAUACUAUCACCCCGCCUACGCACACUUACACCUAUAUUUGUUAUAGCUUUUUCUUUAGCCUCUGCAUGGACUAUAGACUACGAUCAUAGGUUGGGGGAUAAGGUUCUAAAAUCUUAGAGGCAUAAGUACAUACUGUCUCAUUAUCUAUUGACAACCGCGAACACAUUUGCGACUGCUGACUUGCCUGCUCAACAGCUUGACAUAAUCAGUGUAUUUUCUUAGAACACUCAGUGGCGGUAAUAUAGGCUAAUCAUUAUGUUGGUUGAUACAUCAAUCGUAUUUAUCACGAGUGCUCGGGCGUUGAUGUAUACGCUAGUCUCACGGCCGUAUAAAAAUAUUUUUUGUAGACGCCAUGUGCUGCACACGUCUGUCAAGACCGCAUGGUAAUCUUGUUAGCAUCUGUAAGAUAUGUCUACGCGAGAUGUGUGCGAGCGUGUUACCGGUCGAGUGUUGUCGAUUACGACAAUUCUUGAGAAAUGCGGUCAGUGUUAUUAGAUUAAUUUUAUUGUAGCUAGAAUUAUAUUCCUGUACUGUCGUAAUGUUGUACUUAUGUAAAACUGUCGUUUCCGUUAUUUUGAUCAUGUAAAAAUGUGAUUUUCAAAAUAAAAUGUUGAGGUAUAUAUAUGAAA